AUGAACAGCACUAUAAAUAGCAAGGGUGCCUCUGCGGCCGCUGCUGCUACGGCGGCGGUGCCAUUACACGGCGGUGACAGUCACCGCAUGGGAGCAGCAGCGACAGCUGGUGGCAGUGAGCGCGCGAACUGGAAUAACCCCUCAUUCGUGGCAGCGCCGCGCAACAGCAGCGGGACAAUCAAUGUCGACGGCUACCCUCCAGCGCAGGACCAUCAACAGCCAUCGCAUCCCUUGCUGCUGUCGCACAGCACAGACGUGGACGAUGCCGGCAACGGCGCGCAGCACGCGGCGGUCAACGAGCCGCUCGAGUACUGUGGUGUGCGUCUCCUGCCCGGAGUGGAGCAGAUCGACUUUGAUGAGGGCUAUUACGUCGGCACGAUCGACGAGAACGGCGAGAUGGCCGGCUACGGCAAGGCGACGUGGCACAGCGGCGACACGUACGAAGGCGAGUGGCUGAACGGUAUGAUGCAUGGUAAGGGCACCUACACGUGGGCGGACGGCGACUACUACCAGGGCGACUACGUGAGAGGUCGCAUGGAGGGUCGUGGCGAGAUGAAGGACGCCACGGGGCUGUACACGGGUGAGUGGGCAGACGACAUGCGGCAAGGCUAUGGGCGCAUGCUGUACGCCGGCGGCAACGUGUACGAGGGUGAGUGGCUGGCAGGCAUGCGUCACGGCUCUGGCAAGCUUGUCGAGCCCGCCGCGCACGUCAUGUACGAGGGCGAGUUCAACCGGAACGAAAAAGAGGGCCGUGGCGUGCAGACGAACUCUGACGGCGACGUCUACGAGGGCGAGUUCGCCCGCGGCAAACCCAACGGCCGCGGCACCUAUCUCUGGGCCGACGGUGCACGCUACAUCGGCAUGUUUAAGGACGGCGUCAAGCACGGCGAUGGGUGUGAGUGGCUCGCCAACGGCGACUGGGUGGCAGGGCUCUUUGUUGACGGCGAGCACGUGGACAGCCAAUCGACGCUCCACAAGGCAACCGUCCUCACACCUGACAGCAGCGACGCCGAUGGCGGAAGCGAGGACGGUGCGGGUGACGGCGGCGGUGGCGGCAGUCGGGGAAGCAUCGGUCUCUCCGAAUCGACGGCGGCCGCCGUACUCGCCCCUCUCGACGCUGCGAAGCUGCGCCGCAUUGCUGAUCAAGUGCACGCCCCGUCCUUCUCGAUAAACGGGUCGGCAACAGCCAUGAGGAGCCUCAGGAGCUCGUUGCGCAAGAACAGCUCCUCGAACUACCAAGACUUCAGCGGCUUAGGCGGUGUAACUAUCGAGGAGGCAUCGUCGUCAUUCUUGCGCUCUCUGGCGGCUCCGCAGAUGCUGCUGGACGACAGCGACCUCGAAGGCUGGACGCCGCUCAAGACGAUCGGCAAGGGUAGCUUCGGUGCCGUGUACACGGCCCUCCUGCGCAACGGCCGAACGGUGUGCUGCAAGGUGAUCGAGCUUGGCACUGUGGAGAGCGAGGAGGAGAUGGAUAAGUUACGCAACGAGAUUGCGCUGAUGAGGCGGCUGCGGCACCCGAACUGCGUCCAGUACUACGGUAGUCUCGAGGACAAGGUGAAGAACACGCUGAACAUAUUCAUGGAGUACGUCAGCGGGGGCACACUCACGAGCUUCGUGACCAAGUUCAAGAGCAUUCCGCUGGAGACGCUGCGGCAGUGGGUAUACCAGAUGGUGUGCGGCGUGAAAUACCUGCAUGAGUGCGGCAUCGUGCACCGCGACAUCAAGGGCGACAACGUGCUCGUCUCCGUCGACGGCAUCGUGAAGCUGGCGGACUUCGGCUGCAGCAAGGCGAUCGACGAUGUCUGCAGCGCCACACAUGGUUGCUCGACGAUGGUCGGCACGCCGUACUGGAUGGCCCCGGAGGUGAUCAAGUGCGAGGCUGGCGGGUACGGUGUCAAGAGUGACAUCUGGUCCAUUGGCUGCACGAUUGUGGAGAUGCUGACGGGCAAGCCGCCGUGGCCGGAGUGCAACUCGAUGUGGGCCGCCGUGUACAAGAUCGCAAACUCUACCGGAUUGCCGACGGAGAUACCGGCCGACAUCGACCCGAAGCUGAUGGACCUGCUGCAGAAGUGCUUUGAGCGCGAUCCGAAGCUGCGCCCGACCGCCGCAGGCAUGCUGAGCCACCCGUUCUUGGCCAAGGUAACCGAGGGAGUCGCGUAG